UCGAGAACGGAACGACGGCUAAAGGAAGUGGGGACAUGAUAACAAUAUGACGCUUUUUGGACAUCGAUAAUAACAACGAGCUUGUCACUAAAGUAUCGUUACGCACGACGGACAAUAUAUGAUUUGUUUCCGGAGUGCGGUUCUCUUUAAAAAAAGUAGACUCAGAAGCAGGAUCGUACAGUUCUUCCUGUUGCCAACUCGGUGGAUAUAAAGUUCUUAUGGAAUAUACAGACUUGUACAAUUGAGACAUUGUAUAUCACCAUCGGGCGAGACAGCAAAUAUGGAUACAGUUGGGCAAACGGAUGUGAGAUUUGUUGACAGAACGCAUAGAAGGUUCGUCCAGAUACCGUUGGUCGUGCUGUGGGUUUAGGGCGAGUUGGUCAGCUUUGAAAUUUGCGGUAAAGCACGGGGUUCGCCUGACUGAACGCUCCUUUCCUGCUAUUCUUCUCGUCUUUUCAGCGCUUCCUGCUUAUGAUGGCCACGGCACUUAAUGGCUAAAAAUACUGAACUCUAAAUGGACAACUAAAUGGAGUUGAGCUCUUUUGUUGAGAUUAUUAUUGUCCAAUGCUCUUGACAUUUUAUAACCACCGGAUGCUAAUUUUAGUGACUGAUCCAUCCAGUUUUCUGCACAUUCUUGGUUUUGUUAUAAUGGAUUAAGUUCCCCUUUAUUUCAAAUUCCAAUCUCAGCACAUACUCAUUGGUUAAUAUGUGACGGUGUGGUAUAAUAAUAGAGUAAGUGAGCUAUGUGCUCAAACCACACAUUGAAACACCACAUAAGUUAAGUAUCAACUUGCUUUAUGGAGACAAUUCUGCCAUUUUACAAAUUGGAACACUUGGCAGAACUGGACACAUACAUGGCCUUUGUUUGAUCGUUGCCAGCUCCAAUGGAAACAUAAGCAGUCCAUGUCGAGUCGGAUGAGAGGCGCUUUUUAUCCUGUUAUCUUUGAACACUGUUGUGUUCCUGUUGGCCAGGCCUUUGAACACAUUUCACUGGUCCCUGAUGAACCAACUAGAUACAGAGGAACGGGAGAGUGGUGCAAUAAAGUACUCUAUUGUACUUUAUUUUGAAAAUCUAACCCAGUGUCUGAACAUUUGCUCAUUGUGGCUCCAUGGAGCCGCUGAAGAACAUUUUUAGCCGCGGCCCACUGUCGAACUGGAAAGGUUUGGAUCAAUCGCAAAAAGGAAACUUCACCAAUACCGUGUGGACGGCUUUAUUCGACUAUGAGGCGUCUGGUAAAGACGAGCUCACCCUCCACAAAGGUGACCUGGUGGAAGUUCUGUCACUGGAUUCUGAGAUAUCCGGUGACGAGGGCUGGUGGGCGGGCAAAGUCAACAACAAAGUGGGCAUCUUUCCCUCGAACUACGUCUCCUUCAAGCCUCCUUCAUAUGGGAAACUGCAGGGCAGUGGAGUCGGGGAGCUUGGGCCAGCCGUGGUGGGGGAGUUCGAACCUGAGGCUGUGGAUUUCAGGGAACUGAGCCUCGAGGAGGUCAUUGGGGUCGGAGGCUUCGGCAAGGUGUAUCGCGGUACAUGGAGAGGUGGGCUGGUGGCCGUGAAGGCGGCCCGCCAGGAUCCGGAUGAGGACAUAAGCGUGACGGCGCAGAAUGUACGCCAGGAGGCUCGGCUGUUUGCCAUGCUCACUCAUCCCAACAUCAUCGCUCUCAAAGGGGUUUGCUUACGGGAACCCAACUUGUGCCUCAUCAUGGAGUACGCAUCCGGUGGCGCACUGAGCCGAGCAUUGGCCGGGCGACGCAUCCCGCCGCACGUCCUGGUCAACUGGGCGGUGCAGAUCGCCAGGGGCAUGCUCUACCUGCACACGGAGGCCAUUGUUCCUGUCAUCCACCGUGACCUUAAGUCUAACAACAUCCUCCUGGCCCAGCCUAUGGAGAAUGAUUGUAUGGAAGGGAUAACCCUGAAGAUCACAGACUUUGGCCUGGCGCGGGAGUGGCACAAUACCACCAAGAUGAGCACGGCGGGCACUUACGCCUGGAUGGCGCCGGAGGUCAUCAAGUCCUCCACCUUCUCCAAGGGCAGCGACGUCUGGAGCUAUGGUGUUCUUCUGUGGGAGUUGCUGACAGGAGAGGUUCCCUACAGGGGCAUAGAUGGGUUGGCUGUGGCCUACGGAGUGGCUGUUAACAAACUCACCCUCCCCAUCCCCUCCACCUGCCCAGAACCCUUUGCCAUGCUCAUGGCAGAGUGCUGGGAUCAGGACCCACACCACAGGCCCAACUUUGCCUCCAUCUUGGUUCAGCUGACGGCUUUGGAGAGGCAGGUGGUGGAGGAGAUGCCUCAGGACUCCUUUCAUUCCCUACAGGAGGACUGGAAACUGGAGAUCCAGGACAUGUUUGAUGAGCUCAGGGCCAAGGAGAAGGAGCUGCGUUGUCGCGAGGAGGAGCUGAAGCGCGCGGCGGUGGAGCAGAAGUCCCACGAGGAGUUCCUGAGGCAGAGGGAGCAGCAGCUGGCCCAGUGGGAGCAGGAUGUGUUCGAGAGGGAGCUCAGUCUCCUCAUCCUGCACAUGAACAACCAGGAGAAGCCCAACGUCAAGAAGAGGAAAGGAACCUUCAAGAAGCACAAGCUCAAGGGCAGCAAGAACGGAGAGAAGAUCAGCAUGCCCCAAGACUUCAUCCAUAAGAUCACAGUGCAGGCGUCUCCAGGGCUGGAGAAGAGACGCAACUCUCCCGAUCUGGGCUCCGGCACCUCUCCCUCCUUCGGCCCACGCUUCCGAGCGAUCCAACUGAGCCCCAGUGAGAACAACAGGGCGUUCGGUCUGAGCUCUAUGUGGCCCCUGGAGGGCCCUCCACACAACAAGCAGGCUAAUGGGGACCGGCUGGGCCCUCACUGGAGGCCCCAGAGCCCAAAGAGCCCCAAGAGCCCAAAAGUCCUUCGCUUAAGCCCCCAGGAGAGCAGUCUUUCAAUGAGAGCCAAGCUCCUGGAUAUGGACAGCAAUGAGAACGGAGACUCCAAGGAUGACUUUGAGGAGUACAGACCCUCCACGCCACAGCCUGCCCAAAACGGCUCCUCAGUGAAGGAGCCCCCCAGGGCUUAUCUAUCUCAUGGGGACUCGGGGAGCGAGGAGGGGCUGGAGGGGAGUUCCCCGGCCGGUUCCCCAAGGCCCGAGCACCGCUCCCUGGGAGGCCUGCUGAGGAGCACCCACCGGGCUCUACUGGGAGGAGGCUCUCUCCUGGCCUCCGUGGCCCUGGGACGACACCUGGACGUGCCACACAUCCCCCCCAGGGUGCCUCCCCGGACUAACCCCCACCACCACCCCCCACAGGAGGUCAACAUCACGGCCCCCAAAGUCCCCUCCUCGGACCCCCCUGUGGUGGAUGACCUUAUAAUAUUCUCCAGCUCGGAGCCCCUACCCCGGCCCCUCUUUGACUUCCCCUGCGCCCUGCACGCCCCUGAGGUGAAGCCCCUGCCCCUCACGCCGCCUCCCCCUCACCCCCGGGAAAGGGCCUGCCACAGGCAUGCCCAGGCCCUCCAGACACCCCAGAGCCCCCAGGCCCUCCAGACACCCCAGAGCCCCCAGGCCCCCCUGACCCUCCAUCACCAGACCCAGGAACAGGCUAGCCCAGGGGAGUGGGUCUGCCACAGGCAUGCCCGGAGUCCCCAGCAGCAGAGCCAGGUCCUGGGUCAGGUUAGCCCAGCGGAGUGGGCCCCUUCCCCCCACCACACCAACGGGGCGCCUGUCUGUGACGCCUGGGGCCACGGGGCGGACAGGAGGAGGAGGUCCAGCCAAAGCCUGCUCUCCGCCUCUCAACUAGUUUUAGACCUCCCCCUUUGCCAGGACAGUCUGGAGUCAGAAGACAAGCCCUCUGCAGUCCCCUUCUCCCUGUUCCCUGACCCUCGCCUCUGGAGCCCUAAAACACGUCGCCUGGAGGUCAACGUCGUCCCACGCCCGCGCCCCUCCCCCAUCCGACCCCGCAUUGACCCGUGGAGCUUCAUCUCAGGCGGGGGGUAUGGUGUUGUUCAAGGGCCCCGGCGGUCAGACUGCCACCUGCUGGGGUACCAGCCUUCGCCAACUAACCCCUUCACAAACUGUGACCCCUUCCCCUCCCCGGACUGUGACCCGUUCUCCCUGAGGGCCUACCCAUCGUCAGGCAUCACGCCCGACACACCGUUGCCCUUUGACCCCUUCUCUGCGCCGUUUCCUACCUCCCGCUCAGCGCCCUGCUCCACCAACGGGUCCCCGACCCUGCCCACGUUCCGGGUGGCACCCCUGAACCCGGCCGACUCACCGCUCAUCGACCUGGGCUGGGCUGCUGCGUGCGGGGUCGGGGUCAAGCCCCUGGAUGUCACCAAAGAGAAGACACGACCCAGGAAGACUCUAGGACUCAAGCCCUUCAAGUCCCCUACGCAACUCCGAGACGAUCGCUUCUAAACUAAACCCCCAACCCCUACUCCGACCCCCCCCCCAGAGAGCCGGAGCUUGACUUUAUCAUAAGAGUUUUUACAGACAAUAUUUUUUUUAGGAAAGGGGCCCCCCUUCUAAAUGGACGGACUACAGGCUGUGUAUAUCCUGUGUUAGAAAUCAGAAGGAUUUGGAGUCCUUUUCAAAACAAAAAUGCACAUUACCCCUAUUCCCCCCCCCCCCCCCCCCCCCCCCAGGGUGACCAAACAGUGGAGUGGUUUUGACUUGUCCACCAUGUUGCCUUAAAAACCAACCAGGAAGCUAAUCCUGCUAGCCAUCUAGCCCAGUGACAAUGGAUUGUUGGAGUGGGAGCCUUGUGCACAAGAACCAACGCCUUUUAUUUUUAUUCCGAACAAAGGAUUCCUCUCUCUCUCUCUCUGCUCUCGCUCCCUCUCGCUCGUUCCCGUUCUCUCACUCCCUCUCUCUCGCUCUCUCUGGAGAGUCAGAUCAGUGAGCAUCUCCAGACUCAAUCAGACGCCUCCCUAUCUCCCCCACUCAUUUCUCUCACUACUUUUGAAGUGUCUGGAAACAGUGGCUGGCUUUAUCUGUCUGUAUCCUCCCUAGCUCUAAAAGCGUCCUUGUCUUGAGUGGUGAACCUACUUCAGGACCUAUUUUCCAUGAUUUGGCUUAAAUGUGCAAUGGACUGGGAGCUACGUGAUGCUAGUUGCAAGAUGUGAUGAGGAAAGUCUUAACCUCUAUAAGCAGAGUUGUCUCUCAAGCAUUUGACUCUUUGCAAUAGACUGUAGGUGGGUCAACGUGAGAGAGCACUCCAAGAAUAGCUACAGAGGCGCCAUGUCAUCCAUCUAAAUUCCUUUUAAAUGAGCUGCAUAUUAAAGCCAAACAAACCCAGAGCCCAGGCAUUCCACUAGGAAGCAGAUAACAUUCUGACGACAUUCCCAGAAUGCGACUGAUUUAUUUGGCAGUUGGGCAGGGUACAAAGCAUCAGAAGACGAGGGGCAGCACGGCACAUUCCGUUCAUGUGCCAAAGAAUGCGACUGCUUCGGCCCACAUUUGAAUACAUGUCCCUUCCCUACAGUAUAGCAGAGUGGUAUGACCCAUAACCCUAGCCCUCACGUUUUUCCAGUAUUAUGUACCAGGAUUGGUUCUGUCCGGUAAAUCUGAUUGGAUUAAAUCCAGGAAGUGACUAAUUGGCAUGUCAGGAGGUACGUACAAUAGCCCGCAAACAAAUUGGGUUGAGACCCCCCCCCCCCCCCCCCCCACAAAAGCCAUGUCAUAGGAAUACAUUGGCUGUUCCAUUCUAGGGGAAGAGAAUUGACCCGCGUGGCAAGCUUUGUGAUUAGUCUUAAUAACUGUGCUGACGAACCGGGUGAUAAUAUUUAAUUAGGGUUGCGAUAAAGACAGGGUUAAUUUAAUGAACAUGGAGAUAUGCCUAAUUAAUUACUUUCCUCCAACAUAAAGUUUGUAUUUAAUGAGUCAGGAUCUGAAAUGGGAUUUAAGUGGCACUGUGCAUUUUAGUGGAUUCCAUGGCAGGAGGCCCCUUCAAUGUGAUGUCAGAUAAUUUCCUGAUCAUGUGACCUGACCAGUGGCCCAGAGUUCUUACUUCCGGGUCAGGUCACAUAGUCAAGAACAACUCCUGGCCUUUACCUAUCGUUCAUAUCCCACUUGUUCUCAGGUCAGGCUAACUGCGCUUCUCUUGAGCCAAAGAGAUUGGGUCUGUUUUUGACUCGUGCCAUUGGCUAACAGACUACUGACUGGACUGCGUCUCAACCUAUAAGGUGCCUCCCCUCUCUACCUCUCCCCCUAUGUGACGUGCACAUAACUACUUAGAGACCUAUCACGUUUAAUCCAGAUGGUCAUUCUUAUUGAGAUUUGUUUGAGAGGCCUAUCUGGUUUAAGACUACAGUAUGUCUUCCUCACUAUUACAUAUCAGAUAAAGAACAGAAUGUGAGCAUUUACUCCAGGAGCAGUUACAUGCACUAUGGGAUUUCAAUUGUGGUUCAAUUGAGGUUAACAGAUACCGGCAUUGAGGUAAAACGAUACUGAGUCUAUAAAGACAGACCGAUGCAAAUCUCAGUAGUGAUGUAGUCAUCACCAAAGGACAAGGAAAUGGGCAAGAAUAUGACAUAUUUUGGAUUAUAAGAGCAUCUGCAAACAAUUAUUGUAUUCACAUUCAUCAUAGUAUUACAUAUUGGCAUUUCAAAAUGUCGGUUUGUAUAUUUGUAAACCUGUGACACUUUGAUUUAAGGCUUUAAAACACAAAAUACACCUCUUAUUUCCCUGACUUAAGGGUCUAAACCUAUGUUGUGUGCGUGCAUGUGCAUCAAAAAAGUAGCGAACUUCUUUUGACCACGGCCUAUAGGGUCUCUGGACUUAAGUAGUGCACUAUAUAGGGAAUACAGUGCCAUUUCUGGACGGAGAAGCUGUCAGUAAACAGAACAUUAAUACAGAGCUCCUCGGCUCUGGCCCCCUGGCUUUUCCAUAUCCCAUCCCAGUCGUCUAAAGCAGUGACAGGUGUGUUAUUGCUUACAAUACUAAUCCACACAAGACCCCUGCGCUUUAACCUCGUCAUACAAGUCGACAGGCGCUACAUCCUCCCAUCGCCAUUAUGGGGAUUUGUGUCGCAGUUACAGCCGACCCCUGCAAUUCCCAUAGCGACAGGAUGAAACCGAGACUGAUGGUCGCAAUCGUAGCAAGAGUUUUAGGUAUUGCUGCCUGUCUGUCACGUCAAGAGUCUAGGCCCUAGCCCUCAUAUCCGAUUCAGUUCUUCAAGGUCUUAUCUUUAGACUUUGAUUUCCCUUAGAUCCCCAGUGUAGUACACAGAGAACCCAAAAUGUGCUCAACUUAUGGCCCUCUUAACUGUUGUAUGUUUGCCCUACUAAGGGCAGAGUCACUAUCCACUUAUGUGACGAUCUUGUGUAGAUUAUAUCAGUUUGACUAUUUUAUCAUCUUAGGUCAAAAGUCAGAGCGAUCCAUUUGAGGAGUGUGUUUUGAUCUUGGCAAGCCAUCAGACAAACCGAUACAGUGGAAUCAACCCUUCAUUUUGGAUGCCACACUACACCGAUCCCGUAGUGAGAUUGAAAAUGGACAAUUUUCUUGAAGUAACUAGCUGUUAGGAGCUGGACUGACGUUCAACGACGAUGACCUUGGGAAUGACCUUUCGGGUUGUACGAAAAACUUCAGAUUCACUCAUCUCUGGAUAGAAUCAAAUAAACCUCAGGUCCUUGGCCUGUUUCCCUCUGUUUCGCUUCAUGGUCUUCUAACCCUGGUCACAGUGGUGACAGGUUUUUGGACAGGAAACUAGAUUCCUAGAACGCUGUCGGGUCGCGCCGCUGCCCGUCCCUAGAUUGAUGCGGAUGACAUGCGGCGUUCCAAUAAAAAACUCCUGACGAGUUGUUUGUGACGCACUGCCCUUUCAGGCAUUGCCUCAUCCGUCAUCAGGAAUCAAUGUCCCCAUCCGGGCUGACAGGCCAAAUGAAACAGAACUUUGCAGAGGAGGAGAGGAAGGUACGCCAAUAGACCGUGUUACGACUACUCUACUACAAAUACUGGCUUACUUUGUCCAUUCAUGUCGAGCUUUGAGGCGUAUCAGUUAUUGACAGUAACCAAAUCACUGAAAGUCUUUUACUUUCACAUAGCAAAUCGCAUCGCGUCUACUACAUCAAUUUCUGCCUGCUCUGUCUCCUUCAUGGUUAAUGGAGAUUGAGGGUCAGGUGCAGCUCAUUUACCCAGUAUCCUCGCUGCUUACCUGGACUGAAUGAAUCAGAUGUUCAUUCAAAUAAACCUGAUUAAGGACUCCAUUACCAUCCUUUCGUACCCAGCUAUUAUCACCAGAGGGGGGAUUAUUUCUCUUCGUGGACCGCAUUAAAAGGCAACACCUGCCCCUGUCCCUUUGUUCUGCAUGAUGUCAUCAAACAAAAUGAUUAAAGAUUACCUUUACGAACUGUGGAGAGAAAAUGGCCUCUAGGGAGCCAACUACGUGUCUGUCUGAGUCUAAGCCAAUACCAGGUGUAGCCUAGUUCUGAAGCUAGCUCUUAAGCGUGAACAUUAUUUCUCACCCGUUUCAGUCUGAACACUCAAGGUCACCAUCUGUUGUCCUCUUGUUCAAAUGAUAACACUUAAAGGGAUGGUUCACCCAUAUUACAAAAUGACACAUUGCUUACAGGGUAAGGAAACCAGUCUAUGGACAAGGUAUGACAGCAAUCCGUACUUUGCUUUUAUUUCCCUGGUACUGUUUCCAAAUGCUAACAUUUGGAAACAGUGGCGACCCAGAAUUCAGUUUAGUUCAUAGAAGUGUGAGGAAACGAUGCAUGGACCAAUCUGUGUGGUUAUUUAGUUCCAAGGUCUAAAUGGUUUCAUCUGAACUACUACUUUAUUUUUGAAUCAACCCUGUGCCAAAGAGACGUUCCCUGUACACAAAGCAUAUGGAACACAGAAUUAGAAUCUCUAUUAUGGAACUGUCAACAUUUGAAGACGUUGAUCGAAAGAGAACAUGAUCCAGUCAACACUAAUUAGACCGAAUCAGAUCAAUUAAGUAUCUGAUUACUCUUUUCCUUGCCCGUUGCUUAAUUUGAAUAGACCUCAUUACAUGCUAACAAGGUUAAACGUUGCUAUCAGAACAACUAGGUAAAAACAACUUUGGGGGUAUUUGUAGUGGGUGGUCUAUUUCAGGUGCCGCUUCAAUAAAGUUUGAAUUGAAUUCAAAUUCAUCAAAGAGCAAGCAGCCUAUAAAAGAGGACGGUGCAAUUCCCUGGGACUUUGUGGAAGAAUAUCUGGGACUCCCACUCAGAGAAUCACAGUACUGUAUAGCACUCCUUCCUGCUGUGACCGGCUCCCAUCAGCUUACAAUGGAGUUUUAUACAGAGGGACAAAUGAGAGGAUAUUAUAUUUAUAAUGGCCCUUUUUCUACACACUGGACUGAAAACAUUUUGAAGAGGGCCAGAGACAGAGUCUACAUUAGGAUGCUUGAUUGCUUCAUAUUGUUUGGGCGACCUGGUUUUUAAUUUGUAUUUUACUUUAGGUCUUCACUGGAGUAUUUAAGAUAACAGUAUGGGUGCUUCACCAGGGGCGAAUCUUAACAUUCCUGCUUCCAAAUUGAACCAAAAUGGUUUUGUAUCACACAUCUCUCUGGGCAUCCCAGUAUUUCUUUGUAACAGAAAAUCAAAGACUACGUUUAUAGUAUAGUUUGAUCAUCAAAAAUACAUUUCAGAGAUAUCCUCCUGACAUUGAACAAGAUCCCAAACUGAGAUCCCUUCGAUAGCACCCAUACUGUGCAUAAAACUGCUAUCUACCUAGACAUAGAUGAGGUCUUCAGUUUCACUGAAACAAGGCUUGACAACAGUGGACAUUUUGUGACCUCCUCCCUGUCUUUGUAGACAAUCUAUUUGCUUUGUGUUCUGUUCAACAUUCCUUUCUGAAUCAUUUUUUUGUUUGUUUCAAAAGCAUAUGUUAUGUCCGUGUUUCCCAACCCUGGAUUUGGAAACUGUGGGCUAUGUGAUGAAAUAUUAUGUUGCGUUGUCUCAAAGGCUGCAAUACAACCUCCAGAUUUGGUUUCUGCUCGUAUGAGCUAAGUUGUUUUGUCGUUAGGCUUUGAGAUGAUGUUGUUGUUUAUUGUGUUGUGUGUUUGUGAAAUUUCGCACUGGGCUGGGCCUAAUCAAAAACUAUUUUGUUGUUGUGCGUCAGAGGCGUGUUUGUGUGUAUGUGAGAGAAUGUGUGUACUUGUUUUUUUUGUUCUUGACUAUUUUAAUUGGGUUUAACCUGUGAAAUACAUAAAGGAAAAACUCAAAGAAAACGAGACCAAAUAAAGUUUAACACAACCUUGA